AGCAGCGUCGUAGUUUUAUCGCGUCGCUCAGUGUGUGUACAGUGUACAGGGCACUGGAGGUCACUUCCUGAUUUACUGAUUGUCGGCAAUAUGUCCUAACACUUUCAAAACGCGCUGCCUCUCUUUAAAUGACAACGUUUUGUGUGCCUGAAAAGCGACGUUACCUCCACAGGUGGAAGUAGCAAUCGUUUUUGACUUUAUUUGAUGCAGACCAUCACUUCAUUCAGUCGUAGCGCAGGUGGAAUUAUCGAUUCGCAUGGUUUCCUGGCACGUUUAUAUCGGUGAGGAUGUUUUAAAAUGGCGGAGGCAGCGUCACAACAGGGUGUGGAGUGAAUGUGAGGAGGUGAUGGACACACACACAUCUUUCCACCUGCGGCAGGAACAUGGCAGAAGCAGAGCACACGUCCAGUCAAAGCAAUGAUGAUUUCCAGGUCUCAUCGUUCAGCAACUCUUCACACAACCAGUGUUUGCAGAUUGCCUCAAAGCCUGUCACCCAAAACCAUGUCAACCAUCACAUGCCCUCAGACUCUCAGCUGCCACAUGUCUCCCUCGGCUGCAAAUCAUUCACUCCCUUUAAUGGCACAUGUGAUGAGGAUCGCAGCAGCUUGGCCUCUCAGGACUCUGGAAUCCCCUCCCUUGAGAUGAACCCCCCUGAGCACAUUCAUGCUCGAGUCACCACUGCUGAGCUGGUGGUUCCACCUCCACAUGAUGAUAGUCCAGCAACACUAAACUUGGAUAUUUCAGAUAGCUCCAUACUCAAGUCUUCCACCUUCCCACGUUGUGACUUUGAUUUGGUACGUCCUUAUGGAGCCGGCGGGCUCUCCAGUGCGGCAGGCAAGGGUACUUUGAACCGCAGUGAUGAUAUUUCAAUGUGCAGUGUUUCAAGUUUAAGUACUGAGUUUUCUGCCACAUUGUCUGUCAGUAAUGAGGACUUCCUAGACUUUAUGGUUACAUCCGAGUCCAGUGCUGUUGUUACAUUUGAGAAUGAAGAUGUCUUGCACCAUUCUGACAGUUCACUCUCAUCUCCUACUGACUUACACGGCAAGCUCAGCAGCCCUCAUAGGCAUCCUGUGGGGGUCUCUAUACCACAUGAGGCUAGACCCAAGAGACUGGGUCCCCUCGCCAGCUUCUUCCACAGGAGUCUUUUUGCUAAGAGGAUGAAGGAUACGGGUGCACAGGAAGAACAGAGAGAGCCUGGCUGGAAGCUGUUUGGUAAAGUUCCACAUAAAGAACUUGCAAUCAAAGACUCCAGGAAAAUACAAAAGGAAUAUGAAAGGAGUGGACAGUCAAGCAGUUCCAUAUCUCCCAAUAAGAAUGUAAGAAGGAACCUGGACUUUGAGCCACUUUCAACCACAGCCCUUAUACUGGAGAACCGUCCAGCGAAUCUUCCUGCAAAACCUGAGGAAGAAGCCCAGAAACACAGACAAGAAUAUGAGGAGAUGGUAGCUCAGGCCAAGAAGAGAGAGCUGAAAGAGGCCCAGAAACGGAAAAAACAACUAGAGGACAGGUGUAAACUAGAGGAAAGCAUCGGCAAUGCUGCUCUCACCUGGAGUCAGGAGAUAUUACCCAACUGGCAAAGCAUGUGUUCAUCUAAGCGGGUGAGGGAUUUAUGGUGGCAGGGUCUGCCACCCAGUGUGAGGGGCAAAGUCUGGAGUCUAGCGAUAGGCAAUGAACUAAACAUCACAGAUGAGCUGUAUAACAUCUGUUUGGCAAGAGCCAAAGAAAAGUGGAAUGCCUUUGUAGCCCCAACGGCUGCUGCAGAAACGGAGAGUGAAGAUGCAGGCUUGUCUCAUGCUGAUCGAGAGGCCAGUCUAGAACUGAUCAAGUUAGACAUUUCCAGAACCUUUCCCAAUCUCUGUAUUUUCCAACAGGGAGGCCCAUACCAUGAUGUAUUGCACAGCAUUCUGGGAGCUUACACUUGCUAUCGUCCUGAUGUGGGAUAUGUUCUUCAGACUUUGCAGAAAGGACAAGACCGUGGCAGUCCGCUACUGAAACGCUAA